UCAUGGUGUUUUUGUCUUACUGGAAACAUUUUUACAAUAUAAAGUCAUAUGUUUCGUUUAUUUUUUUUUUUUAUACAGGUCCAUUUAAGAAAUGCUACAUGACUGUACUGUGCUCUCAUGCUUAGGUAUGCUCUUAGGAAUUCUAAGUAUUGUACUUUUAUACUUCCGACAACUUCGUCAUUUUGCCCAGAUUAGAAGGUUACUAAGGAGAUAAACCUGCUAUGAUACUGGGCUGAUCAACACGCAGUUCAGUAGAAUUAUUAUCAGCAUCAGGCCUAUUUGAGACAACUCACUGUUCAUGCGAAUAUGAUUCUAGCGCGGCUCUUUUGCGCAUGCGCUACGUCAACUGCGUAGAAACCAACAACAAACUAUGGCAGAUGAGCACACUGAUGCUGAGCAGAGCAUGGAAGGACACACUCCUAUCUCAGAAAAUCCUCAUGCAGAAUACGGCCUCACUGAAAACAUUCAGAGAAUAGUUGAAAAUGAGAAAACGACUGCAGAGAAAGUCAGCAAACAGAAGGUGGACCCCCAGACCCUGCAGACCCUCCCGACACGAGCGUAUCUGGACCAGACUGUGGUUCCGAUCCUCCUGCAGGGCUUGUCGGUUCUUGCCAAGGAAAGGCCUCCAAAUCCCAUAGAGUUUUUAGCGGCAUUCUUACUGAAGAACAAGUCUCAGUUUGAGGAGCGGAAUUAAAGACACAGCGUGGAAAAACUGCAGCGGAACACUUGUAGAGUUUUGUUUUGUUUUGUUGUUGUGAAUUUAAAUUUAAUGGUGUCACACUCUUCACAUUGCUUGUUUGCCAAUGUUAACUGUAGUUUUUUAAGCUCAAAUAAACAUGUUCAAGCAGAGAUGUAUGUUUUAAUGGGUAAUUAACAGAUUGUUUGCAAGUUAAAACUUAAAAAAAAAAAAAAAAAAAAAAUCACAAACUUCAAUC